AUGGGAUCCAACGCGGACGGCUCGACGCCGUGGGUGGAGAGGCUGGCCUCACCGGUGGGUCUUAUCCAUUGCCUUACAGUAAGGUUGCCAUUCCCUUACUGACGUAAUAGCAUCUGCGGGGUUCUGACCAGGCGGGUCCGAAAACGGGGCCGUUCAAGUACGACGACGACACUUUCGCUCUCCCCCUGCUCCCCACGUCGACCAACAUCGAGGCUCGAAACCCCGAAGGAUCCGUGACCCACAAUGCAAGGACAAGACCGGCCGCCUCUCCUUCGCUGACCUCGUCGCUAUCCUAGAGUACACCCUCACCGCCCGGCUCAACAGUCUCGAAGACGCUCAAAAGCGCCGUCAACCGCCCAAUUACAAGCUGCUCCAGCUUCUCAAUAACAUCAGAUCUGUACUGCGCAAACAUCCAUCGGCGGACUUCGCUCUCGGACUCGCGGUUCAUCUCGACAUGGCGUACGCCGUCAAGGUCGACAACGAGGUGGUCAGGAUCGUCGAGCUGAAGGACCGCUGGGAUGACGUAAACCUUCCCAAAAUGGUUGCUCUUCUGCGCAUCUUCCUAAACGUCGAUUAUGACUCGUCUGGGUUUUCCAACGUGUUCAACUGCGCAAACACACCAGACUCGGGUUUCAACGAGACGGCGUUCAAGCGCGUCGAGUCGCUCAGCCCAAGCACACAACAGGUCUUGCAGGGCCUUGACGAGCAGGCAACUGACUCCUUCAAGGUGUCCCCUUUGAAAUGCAUCCCGCCGAGUGUACUCGCGCACUCUGGAUCGGGCACCUACGCAGCUUUUAAGCUGGACACCACCACCCCCCCCGACAUGACCCCGACCGACGACAACUCGUCGACGUCGACGCCAGCUUCACCACACCUCUACCAGCUAUGA